AUGGGAUGUGAGAUGACGAGGGUGGUGGUGAGAAUGCUGGUAUUCGAUACGACCUACUAUGACCUCUUGGAGGUAUCGGUGGAUGCUACCGACGCAGAGAUCAAGAAGGCUUACAAGAAGAAGGCUAUGCAGCAUCAUCCUAACCCAGAUGAUCCACAGGCACACGAGACUUUUCAGAAGAUAGGUCAAGCAUACGAGACACUAUCAAAUCCUAAUGACCGAGCGACAUACGACUCUCAUGGACCUGACGGUCCACCCAGAGGUGGCGGUAUGCCCUCAGAUAUGGGUAUGGACAUGGACGAUCUGUUCGCUCAGAUGUUCGGUGGAGGUGGUUUCGGUAUGGGCGGUGGAUCAUUCGAAUUCGAUAUGGGAGGUGGACCAUCGAGACGUAGGAAACCGGCGAAGGGAAGGGAUACGGUUGUCCCUUAUGAUAUAAGUCUGGAAGAGGCAUACAAGGGUAAGAAAGUGGUGAUGAACCUUGAGAGGGAUAGGAUAUGUGGUGGGUGUAAAGGAUCUGGUGCCAGACCGGGGGUGGAACCGAAGGAAUGUGGGAACUGUGAAGGCAAGGGAACGAUAUUCACAGACAGACAUAUUGCACCUGGAUUAUUAGGCAAAGUGAAAUCACCUUGUCCAUCAUGUCAUGGAGAAGGCAAGAAGAUAAGGGACAAAGAGAAAUGUAAGAAAUGUAAGGGACUUAAAGUGACUAAAGAGAAGAAGAGGAUAGAAUUCAUGAUUGAUCCUGGUACGGAGGAUGGAGAGAGGAUAGCAUUGAGAGGUGAAGGUGAUGAAGAGCCCGAUGUCCCUGCUGGAGAUAUCAUAUUCCUAAUCCGACAUUUACCCCAUCCAUCGUUCAAACCCCAACCCCACUCACCAGGCGGUCUCUCCAUCCUCAUAUCCAUCCGUCUCUCCGAAUCUCUCUUGGGCUUCUCGAGGAUCCUAUUUAUCCACUUGGACGGAAGGGGUAUACAUGUGGAUUCGAAGAGGGGAGACAGGAUAAUUAAACCUGGUUCGGUGUAUACGAUCAAAGGUGAAGGUAUGCCUAUACGAGGUACAUCCAGAAAAGGUGACAUGUACGUUAGGUUCGAUGUGGAAUUUCCUACGACAGAUUGGGCAAAGGGUCUGAGUUUGGAAGACGGACGUGAGGGAACAAAGGUUGAGUUACCUGGGAAGAAACCGGAUUUGAAAAUUGAGGGUGAGGUGGUAAGGAGGGAGUUGUCGACUAAGCCUGUCAAUUGA